ACUGGAUUUCUGCCCAAUGUGUUCAAAGCCAUGUCUCACCGACCCGCUGAAUUCAGAGCUUUUUUUGCUUAUUACAAUGCAAUUAUGAACAAAGACACAGGGCGACUGAGCAAGGCAGACAAAGAGCUUAUAAUUGUGGCUACGAGUGUUGUGAAUAGAUGUCCCUACUGCGUGGUUGCACAUGGAGCACUUCAUCGGAUAUAUUCCAAGCAGCCAGCACUGGCUGACCAGGUCAUUGUGAACUGGAAACUGGCUGACCUGAGUGACCGGGACCUGGCCAUGCUGGAGUUUGCGCUUGCAGUAUGUCGAGCUGAUAACAUCACUGAAGACCAUUUCCAGAAGCUGGAGAAACAUGGUUUUGACCGUGAAGAUGCAUGGGACAUAGGCAUGAUUUCUGCUUUUUUUGCUAUGUCUAAUCGCAUAGCUCAUUAUAUUGACCUACGCCCAAACAAGGAGUUCUACACCAUGGGCAGGAUGCCUCGUGGCAAGCCAGAUGAAG